AUGGUUAAGAUGCAUGAUCUGAUCCGAGACAUGGCUUUAUGGUUAUAUAGUGAAUGUGGGAUGGAAAAGAAUAAAGUUUUAGUAUGCAAUAAAGUUUCAGGGCUGAAAGAAGUUCAAGAAAUUUCAAAAUGGAAAGAAGCAGAAAGGAUGUCAUUAUGGGAUAGGAAUGUUGAGAAUUUGCCUGAAACAUUGUUGUGUCCCAAUCUCGAGACUUUAUUUGUGAGGGAAUGUUCCAAGUUGAAGACAAUUCCAAGUGGAUUCUUCCAAUUCAUACCUCUAUUAAGAGUUUUGGAUUUGUGCUGUAGUCAUAGAAUAACUGAGUUACCUGCUGGGAUUGGUGAAUUGAAAGCCUUGGAAUAUCUUAAUUUGUCAUCCAUGGAUAUAAGAGAGCUGCCCAUUGAACUUAAGAAUUUGAAAAACCUGGCAAGUUUGUUUCUGGAUGAAAUAUAUGCGCUUGAAAUCAUUCCGUCGGGAGUGAUAUUAAGCCUAACGUCCUUAAAGUUGUUUAGCAUGUGGAAUGAUUUUGGGAAAAGCAACGGUCUGCGUGGGCAUGAAGAAACCUUGCUGGAGGAGUUGGAGGCCUUGAACAGCAUCAGUGAGGUAACUAUCUCUAUAACUAGUGCUCUUUCAAUCAGCAAAUUAAAGAGUUGUGACAAAUUACAGAGGAGGAUAUGGAAUCUCUUUUUAGUUGAUUGUGGGGAUCUGAUCUCACUUGAACUGUCAUCUUCAUUUUUGGAAAGAAUGAUCCAGUUGGAAAGGCUUGAUAUAUCCAGAUGUGAUGAACUAAAAGAUGUGAAAAUUAAUGUGGAAAGGGAAGGAUGGCAAGGAGUUGUACUUAAUGAUGUUCCUAGCCCAAUCUUCACUGUCGCAGGGGGCCAAUGCUUCCACAACCUCCAUACAGCAUUUAUAGGAUAUUGUCCAAAAUUUUUGGACUUAACAUACCUUAUUUAUGCUCCCUAUCUUGAAUCACUUUAUGUUACUAGUUGUGAAUCAAUGGAAGAAGUGAUACGAGAUGAUAGUGGAGUUUCAGAAAUUGAAGCAAAAUCAGCGAUAUUCACAAGGCUCAAAGACCUUAGUUUGUCCUCUCUGCCAGCCUUGAAAAGUCUCUACCAGCAUCCACUGCUCUUUCCAUCCCUAGAAACUGUGGUAGUGUACUCGUGCCCAAGGUUAAGGAGGCUCCCAUUUGACUCCAACACUGCAACUAACAGACUAAAGAAAAUUGAAGGAGAGGAAAGUUGGCGGAAUAUGCUGCAGUGGGAGGAUUCAACCGUCAAGGACCUUUUUACUCCCUACUUUCAGACAGGGUAAUAACAAGUAUUUGUCUGCCUGUAUUGAUGAUUGGGAAUAGUGGUCAUCAAAUUCACUUCAAUCCAUCUUUCAGGAUGCCCUACUCUUUUUCCUUUGGGAUUGUAUUCGUUUUCAGGUGCCCAGGUUCCCUUCCCUAGGGGGCUACGUCUCGGUCUGCUUCUAGUUCUGUCUGUUUGCUGGAGUGUGGCUGUAGGUUUGAAGUAAGGGUUGUUCAGUA